AUGGCUCAAGAAUCUUCAACAUUGAUCUUCUUCCAGCGGGCUCUAGCAGUUGCUCUUACGAUCACUGUGUGCCGUCAACUCGGUACAUUCAACACACCUUUGUCUCUCUUUCUGCCCUCCAAUGUUUUGACGGAUACGCUCGACUCACUGAUUUCUGCUACGGUCGCAACGGCUGCGCUCUUCUUUGCAUGGCACAUCGCGGGGCCGUUGAGAACAGACUCUUCUACUUUUUUCACCGCAAGUCUGAAUUCUUCACGCUCUUUUCUCGCCAGCAUUGUUCUUGUCUUCUCAUUAUGUGAAGACUCCCUUUUUAAAAGAGUUAUUCUUGCCUUAGCUGUCGGGGCAUGCUGGACUCUCGGGUGGAAGGUCACCGUGGCUGAGCAACGGAAGUCAUAUUGGCAAUUUUUGAGACAAGCGCUGGUUUUGAAAGUGCUGGAGCUAUGGCAGAAGGGCAACUUUUAA